AUAAGGUCGAAGGACAAAAGGUCGAAGGACAAAAGGUCGAAUGGACAAAAGGUCGAAUGGACAAAAGGUCGAAUGGACAAAAGGUCGAAUGGACAAAAGGUCGAAUGGACAAAAGGUCGAAUGGACAAAAGGUCGAAUGGGACAGAAGGUCGAAUGGACAUAAGGUCGAAUGGACAAAAGGUCGAAUGGACAAAAGGUCGAAUAGAACAAAAGGUAUAAUUGACAGUAGACAAUUUGGAAGACAUGAUAAAGUGGUCAGUAAAACGACAAUUAGCUUAUACACUCAAACCUCCUGUUAUUCCCGCCACGUCAACAGACGCGUCUAGCCUCAGCGGCCCCACAUCUACAAUACCGUGACCACACCCAUGCGUUCAACAGAGGGAUUGGAAUAGAUAAUAACGAGGAGGAAGGACACAGAUACAGCGAAUGGAGAAAAACAAUUGUAAACAUUCGAGACUAAGCAGAAGCGCUGUGAAGUGAAAGAAUUUAUAUGAAAUUAAGCCUAUGUUCUAUUGUAAACCUACUUAAAUCUAUAUUUGCUAUUAUUAUAAGAAGAUUUCGUACCAGGUACGGCAGUUUGAGAGCUUAUUCUAUACCUAUUUAUGCAGUCAGAUAACGACCUUGAUUAAGACUAAAUGAUGCUUACUUUACUAUGAUUACUUGCAGCUAAUAUAAUUCAUCUAGCUCAAAUAUUAUUAUUGCAGCUAAUACUGCAAGAUUAUUGCUAGAAACUGUUUAUUAAAGUCUAAGGUGAGCAUACGCAAUAUUCAACAUAUAGGUAAAACUCAAACUACCUUAUUUAUACAUCUAGGUGCUAGGCCUUCAGUUAAAAGUGAAUUACUGCUGCAGUUUACUAUACUUUUGUUGCUUAACCCUAAGGUGAGCGUAUCUCUAAUUGCUAUAAAUAGAGCUCAUUAAAAUAUUUUUCUAAAUCUAGGUAUUUAGCCUGAAAUUUGUAAUCCUAUCAGCUUCAAGAAAACUUUAUCGCGGAAACGAAUCAUCAAACGUAAGAAAUACUGUAAUUAUUUGAAACUAUGUUGAUUAAUUAGUUAAUUGAAAUCUCCGCAGGAAUUUGUAAUUUACCUUCAAUCGCCCGAAUAAAUUGACAAAAUCACGAUUCGUUUAUCGCUCGCCAACAUCUUACAAAUUCGUUUGGUCGUGAUGUCUGGCAAGAGAUCCAACUCCGGAUCAGGAAGGAGCUCCGCUAUACCUGUGCUUAUCGGUAGAGGGGAAACGAGAGAGUGCGUGACCAGGUCAGCAGAUGGAUUGACGAGUGGAACAGUUGUAACAACACGUGAAGCAGUGGCAGUAGCUACCGGCGACAACCCCAUUGUUACUGCAAAAGCAACAAUUGCAAAUAAUGCAGCGGUCGUGACGAGCGACGCAAUGGAUGUCCAGCUAGCAGGCGCAACGUGCGCUGCCGCAAAUAUUGCUAAUCGUGAGUACUAUUCACAUAAAGGCGCGGUCUCGAAGCAAACGACUACUGCCGCCAAAUCUAAUCCUAAAUCUUCUAACCAUCGCGCACCUAUUGUGGUCAGGCGUAAUCCGAAGCGUCUCGCGCGGCCUGACCGGUAUAGUCACUGUGAGGUAUGCGCAGAACGAGAUAAUAGUAGAAUGGUGCAGUGUGACCGUUGUGAAAGAUGGUUCCACUUCUGUUGCGUAGAAGUCACCGAAGGAAUCGCUGAUAUUAGCUGGGACUGCCCGCUCUGUCCACCCGACGAACAGGAGGCUACAGUCGAGAACGUUAGAGGGCCCAUCAGUGCUGAAAAACCAACCACGAAGGAGUCCGGCUCCAUGAAAUCUCAUGGGAAGAAAAGCAGUAAACGGAGCGAGCAACGCAAGAUGGAACUAAGACUGCAGAAGCUGGAGGAGCAAAAGCAGUUGGAACAAAAGUUCCUGGAGGAGAAAUACAAGAUCCUGGAAGAGCUGGAUAGUGAUACGGAGACGGACAUUAGUGAUGUUGAGCUAGAAAAGAUGUCAAAAAUUUCUGAAUGGAUUAGGAGUACGGAUCGUGCUGGUGCCAUCGAGGAUUCUGGCGUUGAAGCGGAAGAUCCUCUCGAAAACCCAAAGGUUUCUCAGGGCGCUAUCAGACGAUCAGCAGCGAUCGAAGAUCCAGAGGUAAAUCAGCAACAUCGGGUGUUCGGAGCCCACCGUCAAACAAUGGCAAAAUUUGUUCCCGAGCAACGCUCAACACCACAACCAACAAUCCAAUACUCAGCGAAGCCUAUAAGUGGACAGUUUCCUAUGCGCUCGGCAGGCAUGCCCAGUAUGCCGUCUUCACCCCGACCCGUACUAGCCUCAGGUAUACACCCAACACAAGAACCGGAAUUGAGCCCCGCGGAAGCUACAAUAUUGCUCAACCGCAGCCAGCUUGCUGCACGACAAGCAGUGUCGAAGGAUCUACCUGAGUUCGAUGGGAAUCCUGAGGACUGGCCGCUAUUUAUUUCGAUGUAUACUUCAUCAACUCAGAUGUGUGGAUUUUCGAAUGAUGAAAACAUGUUGCGGCUCCGCAAAUGUCUGAAAGGAAAGGCUUUGGAUGCCGUAAGAUGCCGCUUGCUGCAUCCCUCCAACGUCACUGGUGUACUUGCAACACUGAAAAUGCUCUAUGGUAGGCCGGAAGCGAUUAUACAAUCUGCAAUCAGAAAAAUUCGCUCUUUAUCUCCUCCGGAUAUCGAUCGUUUGGAGAGCUUGGUCAGCUUCGCGUUGACCGUAGAAAAUCUGGUGUCUACAAUUGAAGCUUGUGGAGUUCAAGACUUUGUGUACAACGCGUCAUUGAAGUGCGAGUUAAUAGAUCGAUUACCAUCGACUUUGAAGUUGGAUUGGGCCAAAUACUGCAGAGGCAAUCCAGCUCCAAAUCUUUUGGACCUUAGUACCUGGCUAUAUUCCCUAGCUGAAGACGCAACUGCGGUCAUGCAAACAUCAACCAAUAUUCCACGUGUCAAAGGCAACAAGAAAGACAUGUUUCUCAACAUUCAUUCCGAAACCAAUGACGAUCGCCCCGAAAUUCCAACUUUAACGCCGGACUUCCGAGGCAGUCGCGGAUCGACCAUCGAGUGCUUCGUGUGCAAAGGUUCAUGCCCAUCGCUCGUUAAAUGCAAGCGCUUUGUUGAGCUUAGCUAUGAGUCAAAGUGGGCAACAAUCCGUGAAGCAAAAUUGUGCCGCAAGUGUCUCCGGAAGCAUAAUGGAUUAUGCAGACAACAGUCAGCAUGCGGAAUCAAUGGCUGCACGUAUCUUCAUCAUCCCCUACUUCAUUCUGAGAAAGCAGAAGCGACUAAGAAUAUCCCCCGACAAAGCGAAGCUGCAACAAAUACAAGCUGUAAUAUUCACCAAACGCAGACUAACGAUGUACUGUUUCGGAUCGUACCAGUGAUGCUUCAUGGCCCAUUGAAGUCAAUUCAAACCUACGCCUUCAUCGAUGAAGGGUCUGAACUCACGCUUAUGGAAAAUUCUCUUGCGAAGGAGCUCGGAUUGCACGGAUCCCGAAAGGCACUCUGUUUGAAAUGGACGGGGGAUAUUAGACGAAUAGAGGAUGAGUCUCAGCAAGUGGAAUUGGAUAUUUCGUCAACAGGAAACUCUGCUCAGAUGUAUAAACUGAUGGAUGUUCGCACCGUACAGAACCUGCAACUCCGCCCUCAAACGUUGCACGCACCCGAGCUGCAAGGCCGGUAUCGUCACCUCGCUGGAAUUCCUGUAGAAUCGUACAUCAAUGCAAGCCCACAAAUUCUAAUAGGACUGGACAAUGCGCAGCUUGGUUAUGCGUUCAAGAGCCGAGAAGGAAAGCCGUUCGAACCGAUAGCCGUCAAAACACGCCUUGGGUGGAUUGUUUAUGGGAGCUGUACGUCCAAUCAUCACUCCGAAAAUCACGUUAAUUUUCAUGGUCUGCAAGCAUGUGAGUGCAACGGAGCAACCGAUGACACUCUCCACGCAGCAAUGAAAAGUUAUUUUGUCCUCGACAGUCUUGGCAUUACACAGCCAGUCAAAUUGCCGCUCUCAGUAGAUGAUCAACGCGCCAUGAACAUUCUAGAAUCAGUAACGUGCCUUAGAGAUGGACGCUUUGAGUCGGGGCUCUUGUGGAAGUACGAAAACGUGAGGCUCCCCGAGAGUAAAGUAAUGGCUCUUAGAAGGUGGGAAUGCCUGGAAAGACGAAUGAAGAAAGACGAAAAAUUAUCAGAAGCACUGCACGCGAAAAUGGCCGAGUAUGUUGAAAAGGGGUACGUUCGUAAACUGACCGAGAAGGAACUAAGCAUCCGUCAUGCACGUGAAUGGUAUCUGCCGGUAUUCCCGGUUUACAAUCCAAAUAAACCUGGGAAAUUGAGGUUAGUUUGGGACGCAGCAGCAACGGCCCAAGGAAUCUCUUUGAACGCAGUCUUAUUGAAAGGACCCGAUCUAAACUCGUCCUUACUAUCCAUUCUAAUCCAAUUCCGUGAAUUCCGAGUUGCAGUAUGCGGCGACAUACGAGAAAUGUUCAACCAAGUGCUGAUGAAGGAGGAGGAUCAACAUUGUCAAAGAUUUUAUUGGAAGGAAAACGUGGAAAAGGCAGUACCAGACGUGUAUGUCAUGAGAGUAAUGACCUUUGGCGCUAGUUGUUCGCCAACGACGGCACAAUAUGUUAAAAACAUAAAUGCAAAGCGAUUUGAACACGAAUGUCCAGAAGCAGUCAACGUUAUUGAGAAAAAGCACUAUGUGGACGAUAUGCUUGUCAGCUUCGAAACGGAGGAAGAGGCAGUGGAGGUAACGCAGCAAGUAAAGCGUAUCCACUCAGCGGGGGGCUUCGAAAUGAGGAAUUGGCUAUCAAACUCACCAAAAGUGACGGCGUCUUUGAAGGAAAUAUCGAUCGAAGAGAAGAAUCUUGGCAUCGGAGAAGAAGGUGUAACUGAAAAAGUGUUAGGUCUCUGGUGGAAUACAUCAACGGAUUGCUUCAUUUUCAAAGUGUCAUCACGAUAUGAUCCAGACUUGCUGUCCGGCAAUCGUCGACCGACUAAGCGCGAAGUAUUGCGAACGCUAAUGAUGAUAUACGACCCAUUGGGGCUCAUCGCACAUUUCCUCAUGUACGUUAAGGUUUUGCUCCAAGAAAUUUGGAGGUCAUCGAUUGGGUGGGACAGCGCCAUAGAAGAUCCGCAGUUCGAAAAAUGGCUGUUAUGGCUGAAGGUGUUACCCGAGGUGGCAAACGUUCGUAUUCCUCGAUGUUACCGCAGUGUUGUAUCUUUGGGAGAUGACUGCAACGUCCAAAUGCACACCUUUGUGGAUGCUAGCGAGAACGGCUUUGCAGCGGUCGUCUAUCUCAGAUUCGAACAAGGAGGCACGGUCGAAACAUCGUUCAUCAGUGCAAAAACGAGAGUAGCCCCUUUAAAGUUUCUUUCCAUCCCACGCUCAGAGCUGCAAGCGGGCGUACUUGGAGUUCGUCUGGCAAACAGUGUUGCCCAGUCACUCUCCAUAAAAGUAGCAGAACGCUUUUUCUGGACUGACUCCAGAGACGUUAUUUGCUGGUUAAAUGCUGACCAUCGAAGAUAUAGCCAGUUCGUAGCGUUCCGUGUAAGUGAAAUAAUGGAAACUACUGAAAGGAAGCAGUGGCGAUGGGUUCCAACAAAAUUUAAUGUGGCCGACGAAGGUACCAAAUGGGCACGUUAUCCAGAUCUCAAUGCUGGAAGUCGUUGGUUCCAGGGACCAAACUUCCUCUUACGUGCAAAGGAACAGUGGCCCUCUGUUCAAGUGAAUGGUUCAACGGAUACUGAGCUUCGUGCGCAUUUGCUGACUCACACCAGCACAACAGAAUCAAUUGUGGUACCAGAAAACUUCUCCAAAUGGACAACUAUGGUACGCAGUACAGCAUACGUUUUUCGCUACAUAAGUAACUCGAAGCAGAUGAUCAAAGCCAAGCCUCGUACUUGCGGUCCGCUAUCACAGCAAGAGUUAGCAAGAGCCGAGAGUUAUCUCUAUCGUUCCGCUCAGACUAUGGAAUACGUUGAAGAACUGACAAUUCUCGUCAACAAUCGCUCAAAACAGACAGAGAAAAAGCAAAUCCCGAAGAGCAGUGCAAUCGCCUAUCUCUGUCCAUUUCUUGAUGAAAACGAUGUGUUAAGAGUGCGUGGACGAACCGGCGCUUGCCCGAUGAUCAAUUUCGAUGCUGCUAACCCUAUAAUCCUUCCCAAGAAUCACUACAUCACCUGUCUGAUAGUACUUCAUUAUCAUCGCCAAUAUCAUCAUCAAAACCAUAAUACCGUACUCAAUGAAAUUCGGCAACGGUACAGGAUUGCUCGUCUCAAGUCAGUCUAUAAUACAAUUCGGAAACGGUGUCAAGAGUGCAAGAACAAUAACGCGACUCCACAACCCCCAGCCAUGAGUGAUCUGCCUCCAGCGCGUCUAGCCGCCUACUCUCGUCCAUUCACGCACAUGGGUGUUGAUUAUUUUGGACCAGUCACGAUAUCGAUUGGACGAAGAACGGAGAAACGAUGGGUGUUGAUAGCAACUUGCUUGACCGUCCGUGCAGUUCACUUACAAAUUGCCCACACACUCAGUACCGAUUCUUGUAUCUCAGCGCUUCGCAAUGUAAUGGCCAGAAGAGGUAUACCGGCAGUGAUAUACAGCGACCAAGGCACUAAUUUUCGAGGCGCUAACCGAGAGCUGAAAGUAGCCGUGGAGUAUCUAGAUAAAAAUCGUUUAAUGACCGAGUUCACCACUCCUCAUACCAGGUGGAGUUUCAAUCCACCGGCCGCCCCACAUAUGGGAGGGGCGUGGGAACGCCUGAUUCGAACGGUCAAGCAAAACCUCAGCAAGUUACUCCCAAGCAAUACCCCUACCCUUGAAGUUUUCGAAAAUGUGUUGAUCGAAGUGGAGAAUGUCGUCAACUCGCGACCACUGACUGGCAUUCCUUUAGAUGACGAUGAAUCUCCGGUUCUUACUCCAAACCACUUCUUGGUAGGUUCAUCCAAUGGGUUAAAACCAUGGGUACCAUUUGAUGACAGUUCCAAGGCACUCAGAAAUUGCUGGCAACUAUCGCAAACAUUGGCUAACCAGUUCUGGAAGCAAUGGCUUCGAGACUAUCUACCAACGAUUACUCGCCGGACUAAGUGGCUUGUGCCCGCCAAACCAAUCGAAGUAGGGGACAUCGUUAUCAUCGUAGAUCCGAGUUUUCCGAGAAAUUGUUGGCCAAAAGGCCGUGUGAUUGCCACGAGACCAGGAGCUGAUGGCCAGGUAAGGUGGGCCACCGUGCAGACUACCAGUGGCAUCUACGAGCGCCCAGCGGUGAGACUCGCCGUGCUUGACGUUGGCGUUCGUAAGGAUACACCUCAUCAAGAUCAUCGGCGUAUUCCGGGGGGGAGUGUUAUUCCCGCCACGUCAACAGACACGUCUAGCCCCAGCGGCCCCACAUCUACAAUACCGUGACCACACCCAUGCGUUCAACAGAGGGAUUGGAAUAGAUAAUAACGAGGAGGAAGGACACAGAUACAGCGAAUGGAGAAAAACAAUUGUAAACAUUCGAGACUAAGCAGAAGCGCUGUGAAGUGAAAGAAUUUAUAUGAAAUUAAGCCUAUGUUCUAUUGUAAACCUACUUAAAUCUAUAUUUGCUAUUAUUAUAAGAAGAUUUCGUACCAGGUACGGCAGUUUGAGAGCUUAUUCUAUACCUAUUUAUGCAGUCAGAUAACGACCUUGAUUAAGACUAAAUGAUGCUUACUUUACUAUGAUUACUUGCAGCUAAUAUAAUUCAUCUAGCUCAAAUAUUAUUAUUGCAGCUAAUACUGCAAGAUUAUUGCUAGAAACUGUUUAUUAAAGUCUAAGGUGAGCAUACGCAAUAUUCAACAUAUAGGUAAAACUCAAACUACCUUAUUUAUACAUCUAGGUGCUAGGCCUUCAGUUAAAAGUGAAUUACUGCUGCAGUUUACUAUACUUUUGUUGCUUAACCCUAAGGUGAGCGUAUCUCUAAUUGCUAUAAAUAGAGCUCAUUAAAAUAUUUUUCUAAAUCUAGGUAUUUAGCCUGAAAUUUGUAAUCCUAUCAGCUUCAAGAAAACUUUAUCGCGGAAACGAAUCAUCAAACGUAAGAAAUACUGUAAUUAUUUGAAACUAUGUUGAUUAAUUAGUUAAUUGAAAUCUCCGCAGGAAUUUGUAAUUUACCUUCAAUCGCCCGAAUAAAUUGACAAAAUCACGAUUCGUUUAUCGCUCGCCAACACCUCCAUUUAGGUAGGAUCCAUUUAGGUAAAAUCUAUUUAGGUCCCUCCAUUUAGGUAACGUUACCUAAAUGGAAUUUGAUUGUGUUCAGAUCAGUUGGAGUACUUAAGAUUAGGUUUAAGGUUGGUUUACGGGAAAG